UAACUCAUUUAAAACUCUCACUGCAUGAAAUCCCUUUUUUUGUGAGAUGCAGUGAGAAAAAUCCCUUGUUUACUGCGUAAACUAGGAAAGAAAUAAAGAUUUUAGCGCAGAUAGCAUCAGUGGACGCCACCGUGCGUUCCCUCCAAAGGGGGAGGGGUCGUGUUUUCCUGACGGUCUACCAAUCCAUCUGUCCAAAGUGACUGUACUUACAUGCCAGGAAACUGUGUGCUUCGAGACAGAAAGCAGUAGUUUGACAAAAUAUUUAACACGUGUACAGCCCUCGCUUACACGACCGUUGCAUUUAUUGUAACCAACACGCCAGCGUAUUUCAAAAUGUCUCUAUAGUCCUAUAACGCCUAUAUCCUGGUCUAAGUGUGGAUAAACCCACUCUAAACUAAAAUAACUACCAUACCCCUGUUUAGUCUCUGCGCCUUCGACAGUUCAGUUGAUUUUAUCGCAUAGAUGUCACCCCAAAACACAUUCGGUGGAUCAACCUAACGGUUCCUGUAACCCCACCCAGUUUGUGAUCGACCGCUGAUUGGUCGUCAGUGUAGUUGUGAGUGUUUUCACUUUCCAUUCCGCGCUUCUAAUUGGUCACCGGUGACGACAAUCCCACACCCAACUCCCACCCACCGAGAUAUCAAGUUUGUGAGACUCGCAAUAGCUAGUUUAAGAGGCUAUAGCUGAAUGUGCAGCAAAGACUCCAAGUCUAACUGCGCUCUUUGGUUUAAAUCACUCACUUAGAGUUCAGUAAGAUGGAUAUGAAAAAGAGAAUUCACCUGGAGUUGCGGAACCGGACGCCGUCAGACGUGAAAGAGCUCGUGCUCGACAACUGUAGGUCAAAUGAGGGCAAAAUUGAGGGCCUCACUGACGAGUUUGAGGAACUGGAAUUUUUAAGCACAAUCAAUGUAGGCUUAACAUCAGUCGCCAAUUUGCCUAAGCUAAACAAACUCAAAAAGCUCGAGCUUAGCGAUAACAGAAUCUCAGGGGGUCUAGAGGUACUGGCAGAGAAAUGUCCCAACCUCACCCAUCUCAACCUCAGCGGCAACAAAAUUAAAGACCUCAGCACCAUCGAACCCCUGGUAAGAUGUGUUUAUAGUAUCAUUGGAGUCAGCCGAAUGUCUGCCCUUGUCAAAUGA